AUGGGAUGUGCCCCCAAGUACGCCGACCGCUUCAACUUCUCCCAGAUCGAUGAGUUCCAGAUGGCCCUCUACGCCAAGAACGUUAUCGCCGUUGGGCCGUGUGGGCUGGACUGCACCAUCAAGCUGGACAUGGGGCUUCAGAGGACAGUCUUCAAACUACAGAUAGAGAUUGCUACGGAGAUGGGACUUCCGUUGGUUAUUCAGAGCAAGAUGGCCGAUCUUGACUGUUUGGAUUUGCUCGAGAGGGUAGCUAUUAAAAUUUGUUAUAAAAUUAUAAUGAUAGUUAAGUUUCGUAAUUUUCAGUUACCGUGCUGAUAGAAAAUGUAUUUUCCUGCCAGAAUUUUAUACAUUUCUUAUGAAGAUUUAUUAUUUUUAGUAUUAGUUUAAAAACCAAUUAUAUUUUGUCAUUAUUUGGUCACCGCUUAUUUUGUUUCGGGCAUUAGAGUGUCAAAAUGUUUCAAAAAUUGUCAAAAUACAGAUGUGGAAAAUUUCCUUUCAAUUAAUAUGCAUUUUCUUUAAUACCAUUGGUGUAAUAUUUUCCCUUGCACAACAUUACAUUCACUUUUAUUACCACUUGUGUACAAUCCUGUUUCGUUUGUUCCAUUAGUACACGCCGUCAACCCAGAAGAUCCACAUCCAAGGAUUUGAGGGUGAUGACAACACGGCCAGCUGCUGGAUGUCCAGUUUCCCUAACGUGUACUUUGGCUUGACCCCAGUCAUCGGUGACUCGGCCACGCCCACUUACAUCAAGGACAUGGUCAGGUCGAUUCCCCUAAACAGAGUUCUCCUAGAAUCCGGGGCACCACACUUCGUUCCGGAGAAAUUCAGUGUAAGUUUUCGAUUGUUUCUAUAUUUCUCUGGUAGUAAUUAAACAAAUAUAUUUAUCUCAAUUGUAAAAGUAUACCUCCAUGAAGAAAUAUUUAUUUUAUCAUUGGUGAACAGAAUCACUUAUAAUGGGGCUAAAGCUAGAUUAGUGUUUUGUAUCAUAGGUUAAGAGAAUCAACUCUAAUGGGGCUAAAGCUAGAUAGUGCUUUGUAUCAUUAGUUAAAAGAAUGUCCGCAAAUGGGGCUUCAGCUUGAUGUUGCUGUGUCAUUGGUUAACAGAAUUACCAAUAUUGGGGCUUACGCCAGACAGAGCUUUAAUUUUGAAAUCCCAUUUAUUUAUGGACACAAUUUUAAUCUAAAAAAAAAUAAAAUGAAAAUAUUAAAACUUAAAAACACACACACACACAAAAAGCCCAUCUUUAAUUUUUCUUUGUAUUGGUUUAGUGUGUAUGGGGUGAGAUGGUGGCGAGAAUUUAACCUCUCAUGAUUUUUAAGUAAUUAUAAGUUUUCCAAAAUUUUCCUUCUAAUUAUGUAGGAAUAAUUUCUGUUAUUUUCAAGGCUCGGGGACUGAGCCCCGUGGUUAAGAUUUCAUUUUAUGAUCUCACGGCCUAGUUGAUCAACUUCAUGGAAUUAUGACACAUUGUGGAUUAUGUGUAAAUAUAUUUAUAUAUUUUUUUUUUCAGAAUGACGUCCAAAGCUCCCAUUUCGGAUUCGCUUUAGUAACUGCCCAGGCUGUCGGGGAGCUGAGACGCGUAUCCAUGGAUACUGUGCUCAAGGUGUGUAGGGACAACACACGUCGGUUCUAUGAUAUCUAA